AUGGCGCCCUCUCCGCCCUCCACCAUCCUCAGCAAUACCCUCGUCUUCCCCAACGACGACCAGCGCUUCUGGUGGGACACCAUCGCGCCCACCAUGCAGAACCUGAUGACCAACGCCCAGUACGAGACCCUCGUCCAGCUUCAGCAUCUGCUCUUCAUCUACCGCCACGUGCUGCCUAUCAUGGGCCCCCGUCCUCGUCCUCGUCCUCGUCCUUCGUCUGGCCCCGGCUCCGACAAACCGACCGCUGUCUGGCGCUCCUUCAUGUGCGACGACACCACCCCGCUGGAGAUCAGCGUCAAUUUCCAUGACCGCAAGGCCACGGUGCGUCUGGGCUUCGAGCCCAUCGGCCCUGACGCCGGCACCCCCCUCGACCCCUUCAACCAGCGUGCCGUGCAGCAGUUCGUGCAGGAUCUGGAAACCACAAACACCGUCACGCACUGGACCUGGUACCGCCAGCUGAGUGAGAUGCUGCUCGUCUCCCCCGCCGACGCCUCGGUGAUCAAGGCCCAACUGCCCGCCUCGGAACACCAGUCUCAGCACUUUUUCGGCUUCGGCUUCGUCUCUGAGAUCGAUUCCUCCCUUCAGGCGGCCCCGCCCCCCAUGAAAGCCUACUUCAUCCCUCAGCUGCGCUCCAUCUUGACCGGCGAGACGGAGAUCAAGCUGAUCUGCAACGCCAUCAAGGCACUGGAUCUUCCCGACGAGAAGAUGACAGCAACCCCUUCCUCUCCACUCUUCACCUCCGCCUUGACAAUGCUAGAGACGUACCUGGCCAUCGACGAAACAAAACUGCGCGCAGAGUGUCUCGCCUUCGACUGCAUCGAUCCCUCCCAGUCCCGUCUGAAGAUCUACCUGCGUUCUCGCCACACUUCCCUCCGCAGCGCCCAGGACGUCUUCACCCUCGGCGGCCGUCUCACAGGCCCCAAUAUCGACGCUGGACUGUCCGUCCUCUGCGAGCUGUGGGGGCUCCUCUUCGACCUGCCUCGCGAUCAUAAAGAUGACGACCCCCUGCCGCUCAAUAACCAUCGCUCGGCCGGGAUCUUGUUCAACGCAGAACUGCGCCCGGGCAAGCCAACCCCCGAGAUCCAGGUCUACCUCCCUGUCAGACACUAUGCGCGCACCGAUCUCGCUGUCGCAGAGGGGUUGGCCACGUAUUUCCACCGCCAGGGUUGGCACCACCUGGCGGCCUCCUAUGUCCACGACCUGCGUGAAAGAUUUCCCUCGCAUGCUAUCGAUACACAGCUGGGAACCCACACCUACGUCUCCUAUUCCUUCAAGAAGGGGAAGCCCUACGUCACGGUGUACUACAACCCCAAGGUCUACUCUUGA